UCAUCACUUCAUACGCUGACAUUGCUCAACCUUUUGCACACGGCCCUCGUCUCUCAAGCGAAUUCGCGGAAGACACAGCCUCCCAGUCGCUCUCAUUGGAUCUAAGCUCAACUUGAUUAUCCAGCUGCCAACACUGUAAGCAAGAAUGUCGAACAAAUCUCCAGAAGGACCACCUCCAGCCUACCCUGCUCAACCUGGCUACGCCCCAGCUCAACCUGGGUACGCCCCUACUCAACCUGGCUACGGCGCCCCACCUGGGUACGGCGCCCCACCUGGGUACAACGCCCCACCCCCGGGAUAUGGCCAGACAAGCACCACCGUGGUGAUGGCCCAACCAUCAACAGUGGUGCUUCAUCCAGCUAGACUUGGCGAGUCUCCCGCCCAGAUGCAAUGCCCUCGAUGUAACGCUCAGAUCGUAACAUCAACCUACUACGAAACCGGAUCUCUCACGUGGCUAGCUGCUGGAAUCAUCUGCAUUGUGGGAUGCUGGCUCGGAUGUUGCCUCAUCCCAUUCUGCAUCGAUGGCACCAAAGACGUCGUCCACCAGUGUCCAAACUGCAAGAGCCAGGUUGGAGCAUACAGGCGAUUGUAAACCAACGGAUAUACCGCUACCCAGACUUCUCGAUACCACUGAAUGUGCCUCAGUCAACUUGCUGCUUUUUAGGAAGAGGGACCACUGCACGACCACGAACCAACGCCCAUGGAUUGAUUCGCUGCUGAAGCCAUGCAGUCAUAUAACCAUUUCAAAACAAAGAAGAUAUCUACCUUUUCCAGUUUCUUAAACGGGUGGUAUAUUCACACCACCAAUCUUGGUAAUUGCGGGUCAUUAAUGAGUUUUGUAAUUAUCAUGCAUGUAGAUCUGAUUUAUACACCGUGAGGGCUUCGUGUUGUUUCACCUACGCCCUGAAAAUGAAUUUCAAAUGUAUAUUCAGAAGCAUGUAAAUAUGACUCUGAAAGUACGCCUCAUGAAACAACGUCUUGUUCUUUAUAUACUAGUUUUAAUACACUGAAAGUUAUCUGUGAUAUAGAAACACAGUUUAUGUGUUAGGCCUUUUUUCACUGACGGUUUGCAGAUUUUUUGCAAAUACUGAAAACGGACAUUGUGACGUAAUGUUUCAGAAAAUACUCACUGAUUUGCUUUUAAAAGUUUACAAAGUUGAUGGUUAUAAAAAUAUAUAGAUCAUACUUUUAAUUUGAUUUCACUUUUUAUUCUUAUGUUUUGUGUGUAAUGCAAUAUACUCUUGAUAUGUUGAUAAACUUGAUAUUUUGGGGAAUUAUCGUGUAUCGUUCAGUGUGGCUAGAACAUAGUGUCAUUAAAUGUUUCAAAAGCACGAUGGACCUUUUAAGAAGCCUGAAAUAU